AUGCCUCGCGAAGAGUACCAGGUCCCCACCACCUCCGGCGGCGCCUCAGCCGGAGCCAUGACCCGUGGUGCAACCGGCGGAGAGCGACACGACAGCCGUGCCGUCAUGACCUACAUCUGCGGCGACUGCGGCGGCAACGUCACCCUUAGCAAGGAUGCGCUGGUUGCCUGCCCUCACUGCGCUGGGCGCGUGCUCUACAAGGAGCGCACUAAGCGAAUGGUGCAAUUCGAGGCUCGAUAG